UUUUUAGAAAAACAUUCCUUUAUAAUUUCCUAGAAUAAAAGAGAGAGAGAAAGGGAGAGAAAAAAGUCAUUUCAAUUCAAUGCCACAGUUUCCAACAGAAUGCGUCCAGACACUCAGUGGACAUAAAGGACCUGUUAAUGACGUGUGUUACAACAAAGUAGGCCAAUACUGUAUAUCCGCAGGACGUGAUAGAUCCGUUAAAUUGUGGAAUCCAUCCACGGGUCUACACCUGCAUACAUAUUCUGGUCAUGGUCGUGAAGUACUUGGAGUAGCAGUUGCUUCUGACAAUACAAAGAUUGCAAGUUGUGGUGUUGAUCGCGCAGUCAUCUUGUGGGAUGUAGGGUCUGGUGAGAUCUUGAGACGAUACACUGCUCAUUGGGAGCGUGUGAAUGCUGUUGAUUUUAAUGAAGAUGGAACGGUGGCUGUGAGUGGUUCUUUUGAUGCCACGAUUAGAUUAUGGGAUUGCAGGUCUUCGAAUUUCUCGCCUAUGCAGAUCAUCGAGGCAUGUAAAGACAGUGUCAUGUCUGUGCAGGUCAAGGGGGCAGAGAUAGUUGCAGGAUGUGCAGACGGUAAAUUAAGAAUAUUUGAUAUUCGAAUGGGUAGAACACUGCAAGAUUACAUUGGCCCUGCCAUUACAUCUGCUCGGUUCUCCAAGGACAGUAAUUGCGUGGUGGUCAGUACAUUAGAUAAUACAUGUCGGCUUAUGGAUAAGUCUAGUGGAACGUUACUAAACGAAUUCAAGGGUCACCGCCACACUGAGUACAAGCUUGAAUCUACUCUAACCAAUACGGAUGCCCAUGUGGUUAGUGGGUCUGAAGACGGCAAUAUUUAUAUUUGGGAUGUGUUGGAAGGAGACCUUAAAUGUACUCUGAAAUCACACGAUGGGAUUGUCACAACAGUUGACUAUCACCCAUCUGAUGUUGCCAUGAUUUCUGCGGGUGGAGAUGGCUGUAUUCGUGUAUGGAGCUAAACAAAUGUAUAUAGAUAAAUAUAAAUAUAUA